GCUGCUUCCUGUGAGGAGCAACAUGUGAGAGAAAGACAGAUACAUACCCCAUCUUCAUAUUUGAGCCUUUUGGUCUCACUGAAUUUAUUAAAAUACUUUAUUGUUAUGUUGUAGUGUAUGCAUUCUUAAGUCUCACCUGUGGACAAGAGACAUCCGUAAAAACCAAAGCAGAAACCUGAAGUUCAGCGCAAGAGACAGAAAGCGAUGACUGUCCAGGUCUUGUCGGCUGUCGUUCUUCUGCUCGCUGUAACUGUGGAGGCCAAAGUGUCCAUCUCUGGGACUGCAGUCACAAUGACAUGCCCGGAUGACGGAGACUGGUUCAAUAGAGGAUCCAAGAUACCAAACAAAGAGGCAAACUGGCUUACAAUAAUUUACGAUGACGUCAACAAAGAUCCUUACCACUGUGAAUAUGGCGAGGACUCAAGCAAAAAAAAAUAUUAUUUUUACGUUCAAGGAAAGGUGUGUGAGACCUGCUAUGAGCUGGAUGGGAUUCUCUUUGCAGUGGUCAUCAUUGCAGAUAUGAUUGGGACAGCUGUGGUGAUGUUCAUAAUCUACAAGUGCACAAAGAACAAAAGCUCAGGUGGAUCAACUCACUCUGCGAAAACACCUCCUCACGCAGCAGGCCGGGGCCCGCCUGUCCCGUCUCCUGACUAUGAGCAACUGAGCACCCACACUCGCUCUCACGAACCUUACUCAACUGUCCAUAGGAUGGGAUAGAGACAUCUGACCAAUGACUCAUAUCCUCCACUGGAUUUGGCACCAUGAUGUUUGACAGCAACAUUUGGGAUGGAGAGAGUUUACAUUUGCGUCAUUCAUAUCAGUAAUAAAAAUCAAUUUAUUUUGUUACUUUGGAUAAAUUGAGCAAAUCAUCAUGUGCGCAUGUAUUUUAUAGAUGUUAUGAUGACCUGUUGUACUGUAGAUAGAGCAAAACUGUGUAAAUAUUACAUAUAGACAAUGUAUUUUAGUCAUAUUUCUUGUUUUGCUGAUUUUAUUUCUAAUCCUGCAUCAAUUUUAUUACGUUUUCUUAGUUGUUGUGGCGCAGUCAUUUAAUUAAAAACUAGUG